AUGUCACAACGAAAAGUUAGUGAUACUAGUCCCAAGCCUACGCCAUUAUCAUCGCUACGACUAUCUAGAAUAGAUAAUGAAUUAAAUGACAAUUUAAAACUGGAACACAAUUUAAAUUAUGACUCAAUUCCAAGUUCAAAUUCUUCAAUUAAAGAUAAUAAUCAAAAUCAAUUCAAUUUAGAUAUUGAUGAUAUAUAUACAACAGCAGAUUUUAAAAAUAAAGAUAAAUCAAAAUCCAAAUUAGUUGUUUCAAAAGAAGAUCUUAAAAAAGCAUCCGAAUUAACUUCAUUAUUUUUAGAUACAAGAAAGAUCUUACGAGCAGAUUGUAACAUUGUAGAUUCAAAUAAUGAUGAUUCUUUAAAAAUUAGUUCCAAUUCAAGUAUAUCCCGAAAUACAAUAAUUCGAGCCGAGAAAGUUAAAACUAUGAUAGGUGUUAAAUAUUUUUAUAUUCAACGAAUGUAUGAAUGGAAUGAAUCACAUAAAGAAUCAAAUGAACAUCCGGGAGUAGAAGGAGUUUAUAAUCCAUUACAAAUAUUGAGAAAUAGAAAAAUUCGUUCAAAAUAUAAAGAAUAUCCAAAACCACUCCAUCUCAAGACUUUACCAUUAGCUUGUAAUGUAUUUAGUAAAUAUAAUCAACCGGAAUAUAAUCACCACAGGAAAAAACCAUGGAGAAUGGUUUAUGCAAUUGAAUUGAAUGAAAUUAUAGGUGAUACUCGAUGGAGAACAAAUCAUUGGCAUGAAUUAAAAGAUCCAAAGGGUAAUUUAUGGUUUCCCAUUAAAAAAGAAAAGAAACGAGAUCUUUUAAAACAAAGACUACAUGAUAAACUAUUUGAUGAGAAUACUACUGAUGAUGAGAAGGUGAAAAAACAUCGAAGAGGGAGAAGUUCAGUGACAACUACAUCAGGAUCAGAUUCAGAAGGUGGAAUUUAUUUAUUUAAUCGUAUUCUGAGAUCGAAAUCACCAAGAAAGAAACACAAAAUGAAAGAUAAGAUGAAGAAUAUAUAUAAAGGCGACUCAUCAAGCUCAUCAGAUAUAAAUGUUGAAACAAAUUCUGAAAAUCCAUUAAAUUCACAAUUUUUUAAAAGAGUAAAUGUUAAUCUUAAUCAUUCAGAUUCAUCAGAUGAAAUUCAACAACAACAACAAAAUCAACAACAACAACAACCAAAUCAACAACUACAACAACAACCAUCACAAGUACCCCCAAUAAUAACCAUAAAUCCAACGAGUCCUCCCGAAAUUGGCUCAAUAUCAAAUGUGGAAUUCCAACGCUCAACAAGAAAACCAAGUCAAGAAAUGAUCGAAAACAUAGAGAAUGAAAAACCACCGUUAAAUUGUGUUGAGGUGAUAGAUCAAAGGGAGAAAGAUUUCGUCAAGAUUCAAUCAAAUUUGAAUUAUUUUCAACAAUGUUGUGAAUUAAAAAGACAAUAUUUAAUUAACAUAUACCCGGUAAAUCUUGAACUCAUAUCGGGUAAAGUUGAAUAUAUAACCAAGGAUCAAAUUUUCCACAUUUUCAACCUUAUUUCAGUUAUAAAUGAUGAAUUAUUUCCCAAUUAUGAAGAAUUAUAUUUAGGGUUCAUUGAGGAACUGAAAUCUAUAAUUCAUAUGAUUAAUGAUAAUUAUAACAUAAAGAUAGAUACGUUAUUAAGUAGUUCUGAUCGAUGUUUAAGUGAAAUUAAUGCCACUUUAUCGCUUGAUUUGAGGAAGAUAAAUGAAGAGUUAGAUAAUUUGGAAAAUUCAAUGAUUAAAAAUAAGACAAUACGAGGUGAAUUGAAAUUAUUACAUCAUCAUCAUAGUGGUGAUUCAAGUGGGAAUUACAAGUUUUUAUAUUUGUGUCUUGAAAAUUUUAUAAUUGUAUUGUUGAGAGUUAUUUGGGUUAUUGUUAACGUUUUAAAUGUAUUUAUUUGGAUAAUUAGAUUGGUGUGGAAAAUGAUUAGGUUAUUUAUUUAG